CCUUGGGAGAGGGGUCUAUAAAGACCGAGUCUAAGAUCAACUCUACAAGUUUAUAUAUAUUUACAAAGUAGGAAUGGAAAUUAUAAGCUACUCCCUCUUGCUCAAUUAAGCUAAUUAAAAAGAUAACAUAAACCUUCCAAAUUAGUGAUAAUUUUUUAGAGUAAUUAGCUAAUGAAUGGGUGUUCUUGCUUUUUGUUGGUUGAUCAUUGAAGCUACUAUCAUCCCAAAUGGAUUCUCGAAAUGGUUUUAUUUAAGCUUCUAUAUUCAUCCUUCAAUCCUUGUUUUUUGCCAAAUUUAUCUUUGGCUUAAAUUGAUACUAAAAUACAUUUUUCUCAUCUUUAUUUAUCCUUACAAAAUUAUUUCUUUUGUUUGCUUAUAUAUUUUCAAGUUUUUCAAAAAACUUAUUCUCUAUGCUUUUUCAUGCACUAGAUUGACCAAUAAUAAUACUUCUUCUGAUUUCAUACAAGAAGUGGAGAAUUUAGAACUUGUACAAAACUGUAACAAAAACCAAAGUUUUAGCUCUUUUAGUAAUUCUCCAAUUGUCGGUCCAAUAUUCCAAGUUCAGGAUAAAAUUAAAUUUCAAGAAGAGGAAGAUGGAAGUGUCAGGAUUGAUGAUUUAUCUCUGAUCGAUGGAUCAUCGUCAUCAUCUUAUUAUUAUUCUGAUGAUUCUUGCGAAGUUGAAAGCUCCAUAUCAUCUACAGAAGAUGAAUUGGAUGAGAAUCUGGAGAUGGUCAAUGAAUAUUCACCGUUGGUUUUCAGAUUUGAUUCACCGCUGCUUCAAGAAGAAGAUGGCGAAAAGAAUAUUGAUUUUCUGGCACCGGAGCCGGCGCCGGCGGAAGUGGAAGAGAGUAAAAAGAGUGGCAGUGAAGAUGAUGAUGUGGAUGAAUUGUACAACAAGUAUUGUGAAAGAAUGAGAUGGUUCGAUGUGCUCAAUUAUGAUAGAACCUGUGGAAUAAGUUCAAUCCUAAAUCAGCAAGAAGGAACUCCAAGUUCAAUACAAAGUACCAAUGAGGCAAUGGAUAAUUUGAUGGUGUUCCCUCAAGUAAUAUGGGAAAAAACAAGUAAAAAUAAGAUAUUAAAAAGCUUAGAUAAUGAUUUUGAACUUAUCUAUGUGGCUCAAUCUUGUUUGUCAUGGGAAGCCCUUCACCAUCAAUACAGAAAAGUUGAAUCCCUUGCUUCUUUAACCUCUCAAAAUGGUGUAUUUUACAAUAAUGUGGCUACUGAAUUCCAAAAAUUUCAAGUGCUUUUGGAGAGAUUUAUGGAAGAUGAAAGGUGUGAAGGUAAAAGGGUUUGUAAUUAUGUUAGAGGAAGAUUUUCAUCCAAGGACCUACUCCAAGUCCCUAAAGUUUCAGGGUUUUUUGAGCAGAAAAAGGAGGAAAUAGAAGCAGAAGCUAUAAAUGUAAAAGAAGUUCUGAAAGCAAUAGAGAGAUGCAUAGAAGCAUUUUGGGAAUUUGUGAAAACAGACAACAAGAAAAGUUGGUGGAAAUUUAGAAGUUCCUUAUGGAGUCCUCCACCUGUGGAGGACCCUAGAGAUUUACAUCUAUUAGCUGAUCUCACUAGGAAGCUGCAAAAGAAGGAAUUAUUGUUGAAAGAUUCACAAGGGAAGCAAAGGUGCUGGUUCAGGAAAGUUGUGAAUCCUAUAGAAGAAUCUCAAAGAAAGGAGAUGAUGUUUACAAUGAUAGACAUGAAAAUGGUAUCAAGAGUGCUUCAAUUGCCAACACUCUCCUCUUCUCAACUCAAAUGGUGCCAACAAAAGCUGGACAACAUAGACUUUUGGGAGGGCAAGAUUGUUAGGGCUUCCUCUUCUGCUCCUUUAUUUCCUCCUUGAUCUUUUUUCUUUUGCAAAAGUUGAACAUAAAUAAUUUUAGCUUAAUUGCUUUCAAAAUCGCGUGUUUUGUAAUUUUAAUAUGAACUUUCAAUUUUAACAAUUUAAUACA